AUGCCAUCAAAGCUCAAGAUCGACCCUCCGCUCCUCAACUCGGCUUGUCCCUGGUCCACGUCUCUCGAAGACAUCAAAGAGCUCUACGACAGUCCAUACACUGGCGCCGUGACCAUCCGCACCAGCCUGCUCGAGGGCUUCACUCACGAUGACUCGGUGCAUCAGUAUAUCUUCUUCACGCCGGGCAAGACGAUCCCUGCGAACGCUCCCAAAGGCGAAGAGUCAAACCCCAAAGGCAGCAAGUCCACAACAGAACAAACACCAUCUUCCGCCACCUCGUCCUCUUCGGCGGAGCCGGUGUCGACACUAAACACACUUGGAUACUCCCAUCUCACGCUGUCCGAGUACUUGGGCAUUAUCAACGAGAUCGUCGGCCAGCGGCACCUGGGCACGGAUACGCCAACCAAGAAGCCGUUUAUUCUCAGCGUGACCGGCACGCCAGAUGAGAUAUCCAUGGCCUACGCCCUGAUCGCCAAUGCUGCCGAAAUGGACGAAGACCUGCGUCUAGCUAUGGAAGUCAAUCUGUCGUGUCCCAACAUCGCGCACGCCUCCCCUCCAGCCUAUGACCCAGCCCAGCUGGCCGAGUAUCUCGAGGCCAUCAGCGACUCGAAAUCGACCUAUCGCGGGCGCAUGGCCACCCCAGAGAGCGUCCCGAAGGUAGGAAUCAAGUUGUCUCCCUACACCCACGCCGCACAGUUCGACAUGGUCGUUGCAGCCUUGAGAGCCGCCAAGUCGAAUGAACCCGGAGAAAGUUGUGUCGUCGACUUCCUCACCUGCACCAACACACUCGGCUCGUCGCUGCUGCUCAACGACGCGCUCGAACCCGUGCUGCACAGUGAAUCGGGAACAGGACUCGGCGGUCUGGCCGGCGCAGCGCUCCAUCCUCUGGCCUUGGGCAAUGUUGCCACUUUCCGCCGCCUGCUGGAUCAAACCCCUGAGACGAAGGACAUCGCCAUCAUCGGGGUCGGCGGCGUCGAGGACAAGGCUGGGUUCGAUAGAAUGCGCAAAGUCGGGGCCAACGCGGUCGCUUGUGCGAGUGCCCUGGGUCGCUACGGCGUCAGAGUGUUUGAGAGCAUCACCAAGGGUGAAUGA